CAAUAAGCAUAUUACAGAAUUAGAGUUUAUCAAAUUUUUCUUGUUUUAAUUAGAAACAAUGCAUAGGUCAAGGAACAUGAAGGGUUUGAUUCACUUAAUGAUUCUCUUUAUGUUGUGUUUGGCUGUCAGGCCUCAGUUAACUACUGAUUUCUAUUCGAAAUCUUGUCCCAAUCUUCUUCAAAUUGUGAGGAAGGAAGUUAUGAAAGCUGUAAAGGCUGAAACGAGAAUGGCAGCCUCUCUGCUUCGACUUCACUUCCAUGAUUGCUUUGUGAAUGGUUGUGAUGCAUCAAUUCUGUUGGAUGUAAGUGAUACUGAGAAGUUAUCAGGUGCUAAUAAUAAUUCAGCAAGAGGAUACGAAGUUAUCGACUCCAUAAAAGCUGCUGUGGAGACUCAAUGCAGUGGAGUUGUCUCAUGUGCUGAUAUAUUAACCAUAGCUGCAAGAGAUUCCGUCCUCCUGAGUGGCGGACCUACUUGGAAAGUUGCACUGGGAAGAAGGGAUGGAUUUGUGGCAAACCUGUCAGCAUCAAAUAAUCUUCCUUCUCCAUUUGAAGGAAUAAAUGAGAUCUCUAAAAAGUUUUCUGAUGUGGGUCUAAACAUCUCUGAUGUGGUUGCCCUUUCAGGUGCUCAUACAAUUGGUUUAGCCAAGUGUUCACUCUUCAGCAAUAGACUGUUUGGCACUCCAGACCCAACAAUGGAUGCAGAAAUGCUUGCUGAUUUGCAAAAUUUCUGCCCACAAAAUGGCGAUGGAAACAAGAUGACUGUUCUUGAUCGAAACUCCAGUGAUUUAUUUGACAACCAUUAUUUCAAUAACUUGGUCAACAACAAGGGUCUUCUUCAUUCGGAUCAAGUUUUGUAUUCAAGCUCUGAGGCUCAGUCCACCACCAAAAGUAUUGUUGAAAGCUACAGCAAUAAUCCCCGCAUUUUCUUCUCUGACUUUGCCAAUUCUAUGAUCAGAAUGGGGAAUAUUAAUCCUCUUACUGGCACCAAUGGUGAGAUUCGGAAGAAUUGCAGGGCGGUUAAUUCUUAAAAUUGUGUGCUAGAUGAACCAGGAAAUUAUAAAUAAGGAUUAGAAUUCUCUGUUUAUCUGAGUUUUUACUGAACAAAAUACGAGAUUAUUAUAGGUGGUUAAAAAAAAAAUAAAGAAAUAAAAUAAUAGACAUAUCUCAUUAGAUUUUUAAAAGUUAGGAAGAAUUCAGAUUAAGAGAGUAUCCUAAUUCUUAAUAAAAUAAUGUAACAAAGUGUGGAGUUAUGUUUAAUAUUAAAGUUGUAUGAUGAAUAUUAAAUUUGCUUAUGUGUCAAAGAGUGGAGUUAAUUAUAAUAUUUGUAUACUGAAAU